GCAUGUGGCGUAAGCUACAAAAGCACAUAUUCGCCAUGUUUUUUAAUAGUAUAAUAUUCAUAUUUAAGUCACGGAACUGCUUUACCUGAGCGGUUAGCUACAGUUUUCAAAAGCGGUUACGUAAGGGAUUUUGUCCUCUGUCUCUCGCCGUAUACUUUUGACAGCUGCUCCACGUAAACAUGGCUGAAGAAAGUCUGAUUGAAGACGAAGAUGAAAACAUUUUAUACGAUUUACUUGUUAUUACUGAAUGGCCGCCAGAGACGGACACGCAGCUCCGAGGCAACAAGGAGCACAACACGUCACUUAUUGCAAAAGCAGUGACCGGGCCAUUUCGCUUAAUCUUGCACUACUUGUGGUACAGCCCCUCCAGCUCGUCUCUGCCUCUCGGUCUUGUCCGCCAGGCGAACAAGCAGAUCAACUGGCAGCUGGUGCUUGCAAGUAAUGGCAAACUGCUGGCAGUGGUUCAGGACCAGUGUGUGGAGAUUAGGUCUGUGAGGGAUGACUUUGGAUCAGUCAUUGGGAAAUGCCAGGUGCCAAAGGACCCGAACCCCCAGUGGCGAAAAGUGGCAUGGAGCCACGACUGCACCCUGCUGGCCUACGCCGACAGCACUGGCACCGUGCGGCUUUUCGACCUCAUGGGAAGCGAACUCUUUGUCAUCCCUCCGGCGGUGAGCUUUCCCGGAGAUUUCAGUUGUGCGGUGGCAGGCCUGAUCUUCCUGGAGUACACGGCCAGCGCCCAGUGGUCAGCCGAGCUGCUUGUUAUCACGUACGGUGGCGGGCUCAAGAGCUAUCUUGUCAGUGUGGGAACCAAUCAAAACUUCCAAGAGAACCACAGCUUCAGUUUCUCCGCUCACUACUCCCACGGCAUCACCUCAGCCGUUUACCACCCUGGUCACCGAUUGCUGCUGGUGGGGGGCUGUGAGUCGGGGGAUGACAGUACAUCCAAGGCCUCUUGCUUAGGGAUUACAGCCUGGAGGACUCUGUCUGGCUCGCCGCACUACAAGCAGGUCACCAGCUAUGAGGAUGAUGUCAAUCCGAAUCAGAAGAGAGGUUUCAUCAGGAUGCCCAGCUUCAGAUUUUUUCCCAGACAAGGAGAUGAAAAGGACGGUGUAUUCCGCAUGAGCAUGAGCCCCGAUGGCACCCUGCUGGCUGUCAUCCACUUCUCUGGUCGUUUGUCUCUCUGGGACAUCCCGUCUCUCAAACAGAGGGCCACAUGGGCCCAAGACCAACAGCCAGGAUUUGAGGAGAUCAACCCAGAGUGGAAGACAUCGCUGGAGAGAAGGAAGAAAAUAAAAGAUAAGGAGCAGUACUACCCGUUGGUAGAUGUGAGCUGGUGGAGCGACAACGUGUUGAUUCUGGCUCGCUGCUCCGGCUCCGUCACCGUCUCAUCCGUCAGGACGCUGCGCAACCUGCUGGGGAAAUCCUGCGAAUGGUUCGAGCCCUCACCUCGAGUCACCGCUGCACACGACGGGGGCUUCCUCAGCCUGGAGUGUGAGGUGAAGCUGGCUCAGAAGCGUGGGCGCCUCGAGAGCAACCUGACUGGCGAGCCCGGCGAUGAUGAGGAGGGUGAUGAUGGCGGAGACUCUGACUCUGAUGACGACUCCUCAGCCAAAGCCCGCUACUUUGGCUACAUCAAGCAGGGACUGUAUUAUGUGACGGAGAUGGAGCGGUUCGCCCCGCCACGCAAGCGCCCCCGCACCGUGAUCAAGAACUACCGCCUGGUCAGCCUGAGGUCAACAACACCAGAGGAGUUGUACCAGAGGAAGAUUGACAACGAAGAAUACGGAGAGGCCCUGUCUCUCGCCCAUGCCUAUAAUCUGGAUUCUGACCUCGUCUACCAGAGACAGUGGAGGAAGAGUACCGUCAGCAUCGCCUCAAUACAAGAUUAUCUGAGCAAGAUCUGCAAGCGCUCAUGGGUGCUGCACGAGUGUGUGGAGCGCGUCCCAGAGAACGUAGAUGCGGCCAAGGAGCUGCUGCAGUAUGGCCUGAAGGGAACCGACCUUGAGGCUCUCAUAGCCAUAGGAAACAGGGAAGAUGGGGGCAGGUUUAUCAUGCCAGGUGAUGUUGACGUUGAUGACCUUCCUUACGAAGACAUGUCAGACGAUUUGGAGCUGGAGAUGAAGAGGGAGAAGGAGAGCAGGAAGAGGCAAGAGUUGCUGGCCAAGGUCGACUUCAGCAGGCUGACCCUGGAGCAGAAGGAGCUGUGUCGGAGCCGGCUGAAACUCCUCUCCUACCUGGACCGGCUGGCAACAUACGAGGAGAUACUUGGCGGUCCUCACGCAGCCGAGCAGAAAUACGACGCCGAGUUCUUCAAGAAGUUCCGCAGUCAAAAUAUUGUUUUGUCAGCAAGAGACUACGCCAGGGAGAGUAACGUUCAAGCUCUUGACAUUCUGUUCACGUACCACGGGGCAGAACUCCUCCAGCAUCGGCUAGCUCUCCUGUACAACUUCCCAGAGACCACGUCUCCACACGAGUACACCAUCCUGCUGCCUGAAGCCUGCCUGAACGACAGAGACGAGUUGGUGUUGAUUCCAUGGGACGAGCAGAGGCACAGAGAGAUGGACUGGUGCGAGGCAGAGGAGUGCAGAGCUGUGCUGGACCAGAACCUGUUCGAUGAUGACAGCUUCCUGUACGAGGACGCUCCUGAGCUGCUGAGGUUCCGCACGGCGACGCCCUCCAUCGAGCUGCUGACCGACUGGUACCAGAGCAGGGCGAAGGAUAUCGACUCCUGCUCCAGACAGGUGGACUGCGCCCUGUCGCUGGUGCGUCUUGGGAAGGAGCGGGAGAUCCCAGGGCUGCAGCUCUUGUGCGAUGACCUGGUCACCAUGGAAACGCUUGUGUAUGAGACAUCAUGUGAAUUGAGUCUGACACUCAAAGAUUUGCAGCAGCUAAGCGACAUCGACAAGCUCCACCUGCUAAUGAAAAAUUCCAGAAACGAGCGUUAUGUGAAAGACACCUUCCAGUGGAUGGUGCCGUUCCUGCACCGCUGUGAGGGACAGAGAGAGGGUGCUGCCAAAUCACUGCUCAGAGAGUACCUGGUCAACCUGGCCCAGCGAGACCUCACCCUGCCCCUCAUCAUCUUCCAGCACUCCAAGCCUGACUGCCAGCAGAAGCUCAUCGGGGACCCAGACCAGCUGAUGGCGGUCGCUCUGGAGUGCAUCUACAGCUGUGAGAGAGACGACCAGCUCAGCCUCUGUUAUGACAUCCUGGAGUGUCUGCCGCAGAGGGGCUACGGGCCAGACACAGAUGACACCACAGCCCUCCACGAUCAGGUAGACAAACUUGAGAAACAUCUCAGUGUGGCGGAGGUUCUGGAGAAACACAGCCUGCAGAAGCCCAUUUCAUACGUGAAGAACAGCCAGAACAGCGAAGAGGAGGCCCAUCAACUGAUGGUGAAACUGUGCCGCCACACUGGCCGCAAAAUCCCUCCAGUGAGCGAGACGGUGUGGAAAGGUCUCCUGCAGGACCUGCUUGACAUGCAGCAGAACGUCUACGCCUGUCUCAAACCGGAGACGUGCCACCAGGUCUUUGUCGAGUCUCUGCUGUGUUCUAGCCGCGUGGAGAACGUGCGCCUGGCAGGGCAGCUCAUGCACUGCUCCAAGAUCAACCAGGACGUCCCUGUCAGCUUGUCUUUCCGGGGUAAAGGUUACGCUCUGAAGGUGUCCUAUGACAACAGCGUGGAAUUAGUGUUGGCUGCUGCCAGGGAGUACUUCAACUCCUCCACUACGCUGACAGACCCCUGCAUGAGCCUUGCCAGGACGUGUCUCCAGCUGAUCACAGACUGUCCCGUGGCCAUCCAGGACGAACUGGACCUCAUCAGCGCCCUCAGCCAGCUGGAAGACUUCGGUGUCAGCAUUCUGCCACUCCAAGUGCGUCUGCGAUCGGACCGCCUGUCUCUCAUCGAGGAGUGCAUCGCCCAAUGCUCCACGGCCUACAAGCAGUCCACCACUCUGCUCAAUCUGGCCUCGCUUCUCAGAGUCGCAGGGGAUGACAAGGCCAUGCGAAAAGGACAAGUGCUGACCCUGCUGGCAGAGCAAGCCCUCCAGUGUCUGGACUUCAAGGCCUCCUACAUCCACUGUCAGGACCUCAUGGCUGCAGGUUACAGUCCAGCGUGGGAUGUGUGCAGUCUGCUUGGUCAGUGUGAAGGCUACGGAGACCUGGAGGCCCGGCAGGAGCUUUUAGCCUUUUCUCUCACCCACUGUCCUCCUGACAACAUCCACAGCCUCCUGGCCGCCUCCAGUGACCUGCAGACUCAGGUGUUAUACCAGGCAGUUAACUAUCAGAUGGAGCCUGUUCGCGCUGAGAGUGGACGAGAGGCCGAUGAGAUGGACUCUGUGAAGGCUUGCGCCCCGUCCACAAGCUCCCCCGUGGGGACAGCGGGAGACCUGCUCCACAGGACCACAGCCAAGACCAUGGAGGUGCUGACCACUACAGGAGUGACCACCAAGGCCGUGCUGACCGCUGUCAGCGACCACCGCUGGUGGAAGGAAUCACUCAACUACCUCCGGCCACUGCAAGGUCACGACGCAGGAGCCACCAGUCAAGAAGGGGCGUGUGAAAACUCCAACCUGGAGCGUCAAGGCUGCAGCCCUUUUUAUCAGGACAUCAUUGAUGAUCCCUAUGUAGACCCGAGUCAAGAUGUGUAUUCGUCUUAUAAAGACGUGCCCCAGGAAAACUUUGCUGAGGUGUUGUUGAGGACGGGCAAACUGGCGGAGGCCAAAACCGAAGGACAAACUCCGUUUCCGGCCACAGAGGUUUUGUUGCAGCUGGCCAACGAUGCAUUUCCCAGGGACAUGAUGCUGGCUCUGUCCUACUUACUGGCCUUGCCUCAGGUACUGGAUGCCAACAGGUGUUUUGAGAAACAGUGUCACUCCGCCUUGUCCCUCCAGCUGGCUGCCUACUACUACUCCCUACAGAUCUACUCACGCCUCACACCCUGCUUCAAGAACAAAAGCCACACACUCUACCAGGCUGACCCAAAGGAGAUGAUCCGAUUGGUCACGCAGCAUGUGUCUGCGUAUUCCGAUUGGCCGGAGGAGCUGCAGAAGUUGAUCGGCCAGCUGCGAGUGUACAACGAGCGUCUGACCGACUUCACCCAGGCCCAGGUGUUACAGGGGCUGGGCCGCGGCGUGGACGUCCAGCGCUUCAGCUCCGACUCCAGCUACAAGAAAGAGACCAUACUUGGCCUCACAGAGACGCUGGAUGAUGGCGUGUACAGAAUCGCUCUGUCUUUGGCGAAGCGCUACAGUGUUCCUCUGUGGGAGGUCUACAUGACUCACCUCGAGUUCCUCUUUACAGAUAGCGGUCUGUCCACCAAAGAUAUUGAAUCCCGGAGUGAGUCCCUCGGUCUGUUUGACACUUUGAAGUGCAACCCUGAGGCAUUUUACCGCCACAUGACCAAGUACGUUCUGCCUACUGUGGAGGGAACCGAUCAGGCCCGCCUGCUCUACUACUACACCUUGCUGGACGCUGCAGGCUGUGAGCCUUUCGUCACCACAAUCAUCAAGCCAGAAUCCCACGUCAAACUGCUGAAGAAGCUUCGAGCUGUGGCCAGCGGUCUGAACUACCAUAAGCUGACUGAUGAAUCGUCGGAUCCUCUGGCCACUCUCCAACCAGUUCUGACCAGUCAGAACGUGCUGUCCAUCUCUAAACUUGCUAAUCGGCUUCCCGUGCCUGGUGAAGGAGGGGCAACGGUUUCAGCCAGUGCAGUCCACGCUGUGUGGCUGCAGAAGCUCUUUUGGAAAGGUGACCCCCAGUUGCUAAAGAGACCCCCACAGGGCGACCAGGACUACCUCCAUGCGUACGACACCUGCGCCAAGUACCUGGACAGGCUGGUGCCUGCUGAUUCUGUCCGCUUCCUGGACAGCAUCACCUUCUCGCCUGAUGCAGCCAAACAACUGAGCAUCCAGGCGAGGUCGGAGGUGAUAAAGCGAGCCACCAAAGCCCUGCGCCAGCUGGGCGAGAAGAGCAGGAAGAGAGCAGGCGACAGUAGCGGGGAGCAGGAAGGGACGGACCCAGCAGGGAUGACUUUUGAUGAGGCUCUGGCACACCUGCAGCAAUCACAGGCCCACCUGGACACCCUGAGUCAUGCCUUCAUUCUGUCACUCAAAGACAGCCAGCAGGAUUACAGUCAACUUUAUGAUCUGUCCCGAUCGGAGAGGUCGAAAGUGCAUGAGCUAGCCAUCACCAUGGCGACCGAUGGGCAGCCCCUGGAGCGCAUUGGCGAGCUUCUCCGUGUGGCUGUUGGACCUCUUGACCUGUCUGUCAAAUCAGUGCUUCGUGACGCAGUGGAGAGAGUCGUGGCCGCACUAAGCGGAGACCCAGACGCCCUGACAAAUUACCCGCAACCCCUCAGGGUCCUGGAGGCCAUGGUCACCGCUGUGCACAACAAUGUCCAGACCGGAGACAGCGCAGUGACAUCCGACGACCUCCUGGCUUGGCUGCAUCCAUUCUGCGGCGAUGCGUCGCUGCCCGUGCGGCCUCGGAUCGACGUGCUGCAGAUCCUCGAGAGUAACUUCAGCCUCCAGGACAGUGACGUCCGGCUCCUCCUGCUCUACAGAACUCAGGCAGUUCUCAAAGACAGAGAGGUUCAGACCGAAGAUGUCGAGAAUGAGGAGAAAAGGUACGCCCUCUUCUUGGAGCUGCUGGGAGCUGCGCAAAAGUGGGAAGACUUUCAGCUCCUCAUGCUUCUCCUGCAAGCCUGGCCACCCAUGAUGAAGGAGGAAGUGGCACAGUCGGAGCGUAACCCUUGGGUGGUGCUGACCUCAGCCUUGCUGACCCGCUGCCAGGGAUCAGAGGGCAAAUUGGACCUGGGUCAGCAGGUCGUCACCAUGGUGCGAUCUCUCUACAACGCCAAACACAAGCUUCCUGCAGAGUGCGUCAGACAUGUAACAAGCCUGCUGCUCCAGAGCCAGCCGAGCCUCCAGCAACCCGCACUCAAGCUGAUGGCUGAGAGCGGAGACGAGCAACUGCUGCAGCUGACUCGGGAUCAGAUCAACAGCAUGACCGCGGAGACGGCUUCCUCCUGCGACGCCGAGCUCCUCUCGCUGCUCCUGGACGCGGGGCUCCUGGUGGGCUGCGUCUCCUCGGCCCUGUACCCCCUGCUCAGCUCCCACAUGCUGUCCCACCAGCAGGAGGGAGGCUGGGACGUGGAGAAAGCCGCCGCUGAGCUGCUGGCGGCAGGCCACGGGCCUGAGGCGGGCUCCCUGCUGCUGGCUCACCGCGGAACCCACCAGGCCCAGUUCACCUUCAACUCUGCCUUGGCCGUGCUCAGGAAGUGGCUGUGAAGCGAAGGGGUGUGAGGGGAGAGUGAAUGCGUCGGGGAAGGCAGUUUUUGGAGCGCAGCCACGGACAAGGACGAUGAGGCAGAUUCAGAGAUGGAGAGUGGGAAGGUGUUGAGAGAAGAGCGGAAUUAGAUUGGAUUGAGAUCUGAAGAAUUUAGCGCGAGGCGAGAGUAGAAGCGAUAUCGAGCCGUACCUCUGGAUUUUGUUUCUGUAAUUGGGUUUCGGGGGGGAGUUUCAUCAACUGACGACACUUCAGCAGCAGCUGCAGUGUCUGCCUUGGAGGUGUAAGAGCGGAAACCUUUAAUAAUCGAAAACAUCUGCCCAAUUAGAAGCACGCACGCACAUAAACACAACUUUUCACCGCCUCUCAGUCACAACUGGAUGUUCAGACCGAUCAGAAGAAGAACACACCGCUUACGUCUAGUUGUGUUGUGCCGUCGUGUGCACUGCGUCCUAUUGUGCGAUCAAGUAAUUGAGCGGUAGCCGGGGAAAGCUGUGGGUGGAUAUUAGCCUAUUGUUCCAUGACAGGUUUGCCUCUUUGACGUCCCACCGUUAAACACCCUGCCGCUGCUCCAUUGUUUUCCCCCUAAUAAUGUCUAAUUAAUUCCUUCUAAACAAAUUAGCCCUGCAGCUGCCCCGUGCUGUGUGUGUAUGCAAAAAAAAAAUAUAUAUUGUAUACGUGCACCCAGCGAUAUCACGUCGAGCUAAUUACGCUGAGGAAUAAACAUGUGAGUGAGUGUGUGUGAGUGUAUGUGUGUGUGUGUUACGCACACAGCGAGGCUGUCGGCAUGCUUUGUUUCACUUUAUAAAGUACAGAUUUUAUUCUGUCCCAUCGUUGACAUCCGAAAUAAAGACAAAUCCAAUGUAA